AUGUCGUGGAAGAGGAACUACUUUGCGUCAGGCGGCCUCGGUGUCAGUGGAGGGGGAGGGGGAGGUGCUGUGGACAGGGGGGUGCAGGGAAUCUUGACGCCUCGCACCAUGACGUCCAUUGCUCCCAGUAAAGGUCUGAGCAACGAGCCAGGACAGAACAGCUGCUUCCUGAACAGCGCCCUGCAGGUCCUGUGGCACCUCGACAUCUUCCGUCGUAGUUUCCGUCAGCUGACGACACAUAAGUGCAUGGAGGACUCGUGCAUUUUCUGCGCUCUGAAGAGCAUCUUCGCUCAGUUUCAGUACAGCAGUGAGAAGGUUUUACCGUCCGACGCUCUCCGCAGUGCGCUUGCCAAAACCUUCCAGGACGAGCAGAGGUUCCAGCUUGGCAUCAUGGAUGAUGCCGCAGAGUGCUUCGAAAACAUCCUGAUGAGGAUCCACUUCCACAUUUCAGAUGAGACCACAGAGGACAUCUGCACAGCCCGACACUGUAUCCCUCACCAGAAGUUCGCCAUGACACUGUUUGAACAGUGUGUGUGCAGCAGCUGUGGAGCUUCCUCAGACCCUCUGCCCUUCAUUCAGAUGGUCCACUACAUCUCCACCACCUCCCUGUGUAAUCAGGCAGUGAAGAUGUUGGAGUCAAGGGAGAAGGCAACUCCCGGCAUGUUUGGAGAGCUGCUGAGAAACGCCAGCAUGGGAGACCUCCGCAACUGCCCCAGUCAGUGCGGUCAGCAGCUCAGGAUGGCUCGUGUCCUCCUCAACAGUCCAGAGAUCAUCACCAUCGGGCUGGUCUGGGACUCUGAUCACUCCGACCUGGCUGAAGACGUCAUUCACACCCUGGGAACCUGCCUGCGCCUGGGAGAUUUGUUUUACAAGGUGACGGAGGAGAAGGCCCGUCAGUCGGAGCUCUACCUGGUUGGCAUGGUGUGUUACUAUGGGAAACAUUAUUCCACCUUCUUCUUCCAGACAAAGAUCCGACGAUGGAUGUACUUUGAUGACGCUCACGUCAAGGAGAUCGGUCCUAAGUGGAAGGACGUGGUCUCUCGCUGCAUCAAAGGUCACUACCAGCCUCUGCUGCUGCUGUACGCCGACCCCCGGGGGACACCAGUGUCCACCCAGGACCCACCCCCCCGCCUGGACCUGCACCCCCCCAACAAGACCUGUUACGAUAGCGAGGACUCAGGCCGCGAGCCUUCGAUCUCCAGCGACACUCGCACCGACUCGUCGACAGACAGCUACUCGGGCCGGCAGCCCGGUCCCUCCCACCAUGAGUCUCUGGUCAGUCACUGCUCGUCCGACUCCCAGGGAACCGUCAUCUGCUCCGAACACCCUGACGUCGCCCUGCACGCCUCGCUCUGCAGCCUGGACACCAUAGGCCACGUGACGGACAGUGAGCAGCACCAGUCUCUGAGGAAGGGAGGCGGGGCCGGGGAUAGGAGGCGGAGCUCUGUCCGCACCCAGCGAUCUAAACCAGACAACGAAGCCUCAUCGGCCGGGUACCACAGCGAGGGAGAGACGUUGAAGGAGCAGCAGGUUCCUCGUCACCUCCCCAAACCUCCUUCCUCCUUCUCGUCCUCCACCAGUCGCCUCCGAGACUUUAGGGAGACCAUGAGUAACAUCCUCCACAGCCGCCCCCUCUCCUCCUCCUCCUCCUCCUCUCUACCGACCGCCGUCCUCGCUGACAUCAACUCCUCCACCAGCAGCCACCUCCACUCUAACCCCACCCCCGCUCCCUGCUCCUCCUCCAACAAACCCCAUGACUGGGAGGCAGACAGCAUCAGCAGUGAGUCCAAGUCCAGCUCCUCUGGCGGGGCGGGGUCAGGGAGGUACCGGCCGGCUUGGAAGCCCCGCAGGGAAGUGCUCAACAUCGACAGCAUCUUCACCCGCGAGAGGAGGAGGCAGGCAGGGUACAGCCCGCUGGGCCCCUCCCUGCCCGACGACUGUGGAGCUCCAGCCUCUGAGAGAGCCAACGCCUCCUUCACAGCCCCACAUGAGGGGAUGUCUGUGAGGCCGGGCUCCUCUUGGACUCUCCCCUCCUCCUCCAGCAGCCACAGAGGAGGACGAGGAGGAGGAGGAGGAGCAGAGCUCCCUCCUCCUCCUCCUCCUCCCCCCAGGCUGAUCCAGAGGAUGGAGAGCGGAUACGAGAGCAGUGAGAGGAACAGCAGCAGCCCGGUCAGCCUGGACCUGAACCUGAACCUGGGAGACAGGGACUGUACUGUGAAGAAGUCUUCACUCUGCUCCUCUUCCUCAGGACCGUCAUGGAGGAACAUCAGAUCAAAGAGCAGCGGCGCUCUGCUGCAGGAAAUCAGCACCUUUAGUAGGGGGAGCCUCGCACCCCCUGCAGACCGCAGUGAGCUGGAUGAGUUACAAGAGGAGGUGCUGAGGAGAGCGAGGGAGGAGGAGCAGCAGCGACGACAGGAGAAGGAGAGAGAGGCUGCGCUAGGCUUCAACCCAAGACCCAGCAAAUAUCUGGACCUGGACCAGCUGCAGAUCCAGGGUAAAGGUGACAGCUUUGAGCGCUGUGUGUCGGAGGCGGAGCUCCUGCUGGACCAAUCAGUGCGUCUGGAGCAGGCGGGCGAGGUCACCUCCGCGCUGUCGGCCGUCAAUGAAGCAGUCUCCAAACUGCGGCUGGCAGCGGCUGGGGGCGGAGCUAGUAGUCAGACCCGGCUGCAGCGCUGCAUGAGGAGAGCCCGCAGCCUGCAGCAACGCAUGCAACUGCAGCAGCAACAGGAGUCAGAGGCAGGCAGACCAGAGCAACAGCAGGAGGAGGGGCAGCAGCUCCAGGAACAGCGCAGUGAAAAGCCUCUCUCGCUCAAAAUACUUCUGACAAACAGACAGGGCGACCAAUCAGCCGCCAGUCAGGACCAGCAGGCCCCGCCUCUCUCUCCCUGCCAUGUUAAGCCCCUGCCCACCAGAACAGACCCCGCCUCCAGCCCUAUAGGUUCUCCCAGGGAGGACAGCAGGACUGGGGGCCCCUGCUCUCGGUCUGGGAUGCCCUUUUCUAACACCGGCUCCCUCCCUCUGUGUGACACCUGGGAGCAGAGUCCUCUGGAAGAUUUGGCUCCACCCCCUCCACCUGAGGAGGCGGGCCUCUCCACCCAGUGGACCAGAACACCCCCUGACCCCAUCCCAGUACAAGCUCCGCCCCCACCCAGACCAUACUCCCGAUCCCCAUCGCCUGUCGGCGCCAACGACAGGUGUCAACUGAUGGUGGCGGAGGAGCCAUAUUACAUCAGACAGCCACUGACCACACCCCCUAUUCCUAGCCCCACUUCCAGACCAGUCCUGCCCCCUCCAACCUACCCCACCAGAAACUGGUCUUGCUUACACCUGGACCUACCUGAUGCUGUUGAUUCUCCUGAUCCACCGACCUACACCCCCCAAACCUCCCCCUCCAGCCUCCCCCCGCCUCCUGUGAGCUGGUAUGGUCAGACCUGCUCCCCACCCCCCAGCCAGGACUACAGCCACACCCUGCCCGUGGAGCGCUGGGCUGAGAAUGUCAACAGGUACUACGGUUCCCAGAAUGCAGCAGGAGGAGCAGGGGGGGAAGGGGCGGUGCCCAGUGAGGAGCUGUCAGAGCUGGACUCGUUAUACCAGGCCAGUCUCCUGGCUCCCAGCAUGCACCGGGGUAGCCGCGGAGUCAGCCCUCAGCCAACUGGCAACAGACCAGGCGUGAGGAGAAUGCUGUCAGGAUCUGGACGGUCUAAAACACCGACAGCAGAGAUCGAGAGAUAUGCCUACAGAACACCGGUCACACCUCAGCAUAAGCUGUCGUCAGGUGAAGACGAGAGCUACAGCGCAGAAAACCUGCGACGCAUCGCCCGCAGUCUGAGUGGCACCGUCAUCGGGUCACGACCCCAACACAUCAGCCUCUCCCACAGCUGUGACCCCUCUGUGUCCAGACCCCCCCCCAAACACACCGACCUUCACUUCUCCUCUUCCUCCCUCCUGCGUCGCCCCAGCUCUUCCUCCUCCUCCUCCUUCACUACAGAUCCCACCUACCUCCACCUCCAACAACCCCCAGCUCCUGCACCUCCUCCACAGCACCCCCCCUCGCAGACAUCACGGCCCCACAGCUCAGGCCUCAGCUCCUGGGGAUGCUCAGGAUCUGGACCCGGGGUCCAGCAGCAGUUUCUGGUUGUGUCUGACCGGCAUCAGACUCUCUCAGGUCAAGGCCUCCACAGUGUCGCGCUGAGUUACGGGACUCUACCCCGCACUCCUCGGCGAGCCCCGCCUCCCUCCUCCUCCUCCUCCUCCUCCUCCCUCCCCAGGCCCAGAGCUGGUUCCAGUCUUGCCCCCCGGCCUAGUCCUCAGAGUCUCUACGCCACCCUGUCCCACCCUUGCCGCUCCUCCAACAGGAAUGGUCACUACCGGCAACCAUCACUGCCCAGUAAGGUCAACGGGUCGUCCCUCUACGCUCCACACCCCCUCAGGUUGCCGGGAGAUGCCCCCGCCCAGCCACUCCGCCUAGACGUCCCACCUGAGAGCGACUGGCGCUGUGAUGCCGACUACAGGAGUGUCCAGUCCAGCUCCACCUGGGACCUCCGCACCACUCGCCCCCACCAGACACUCCAGAGGAGCCACCCCCACCAGCCCGCCGCCCCCUGGCCCCGCAGGGACCCCCAGCUCUGCUCCCUCUGCCAGCAGCUUCCUGCUGAGCCGCCACGCCCCUACUGCUCGACCUGUGGCGCCUACGUGGCUCGGUUCCGCCCGGUCAGCUGAUCAGCCCCCACUCCCCACACAACAGAAGGAGUCACAUGUCCUUUUUUCAGAAAGUGCCAACGUCUCUUCAGACAGCAGAGUACAGCUCUGUGAUUGGCCAGGAGGGCUGCAGCCUCAUCAUGACAUCACAACAUCAUGACAUCAUUGUGUGUUUGAUGGACUGAACACUGAGGUUUCUAAUGGAGGUAAAGCAAGAUGAAAAUGAUGAAGAUGAUGAAGAUGAUGAAGAUGACCUCUGCUGCCUCCUGGUCAUCCUUUCACUAAUUCGAAUAGGAGACUGUCAUAAACCUUCAUCAUCAUCAUCAUCAGCUGAAGCUUCAUGUCUGAUAUUCACUUUAGCUGCAUGGACUCUGGACUCUGGACUGUGGUGGAUCUGACAGCAGCUGGAUCCUCACAUCUGGACACAUCAAACAGGAAGUGAAAGACAUGAGACGAGACUGAAGGACAGGAAGUAGAGUCCGAGCUACUUCCUCCAGACUCUGAUUGAAAUCCACUUACUCUAUUUAUUUUUGUAGCCUGUCAGAUCAGCUGUGUUACUCUGCUGUAGACCUGGUCUAGUUUUCUAAAGUCUGUUAGUCGCCUUGUGUGGGACAGCCCCCCCGUGGGUGGGGCCGAGUCCACAGCCUGUUAGAGGAUUUUAGAUCAAUAACUGAAGCUUUUAUUUUGAAGGAGUUGCAGCUAAUAUUUAGCAUGUUUUCAGACCUGUUUGUUAGCCUGAAGAAUCUCUAUACUUUACUGUAACAAAGACAAAUCCAGAUGUUUCCCUGCAGCUGGACUAGAGUCUCUUUAGCUUGUUGCUGCUUCUGUCGACAUCUCUCUGUUCAGAGACAUGCUUCUUUGGUUCUACUCAGACCGGGUCAGACCUCAACCUGGUCAGACCACGUCUGGUAGAAGAUGAAGGAUCACCUUAAAUCAUGAAUGCUGUUGUUCACAGACUGACAGACCUCUGUCCUACUGCCAAGAAUCCAGGGGCGCUCUGCUCCCAGUGCUGACCCCGCCCACCCAGUGCUCCGGGUGACAUAAAACAAACAAACCCAUGUCUGGUCUGAAGUCUGCAGGUUAAUGGAGAUAAUGAUAAUUACAGUGGAAAUCCUGCUGAAAACCAGGACACAAACUCUUAUCUGCUGACAUAUUGAUUGAUUGAUUGAUUGAUUGAUUGAUUGACUGUGUGUCAGACCAGACCUGAGUUAAGUAACAAUGCAACAGAAAGUGUCAAAGAUUCAGAUGAGGAGAAAAUAACUUUUCUUUUAUUUUUUGCUUUUGGCUUUUUGCUUUUUUCAGAUUUGAUUCUGUUGGUUUUGGUAUUUUUGAAUCUUAUUUUUCUACAGUGCAGAUAAACUGUACAAAUUAACAGAUUAACAGAAGAUUCAGAUGUUUAAAGUUUAGAUUCUUUAGAUGAUUGUUUUAGUAGGAAAUCAUCACAUUCACUGUUGAAGCUGCUCAGCUGCUGCGUCCUUUAACUUCCUGCCUCUGAAUUCAUUUAGCUUCAGUUUAAAGAUGAAAACAAACGCUUGAUUUAAAAACAGAAACAUGAUGAAUCUGAAUGAAGAUGUUUUCUCUGGUUCCUCUCAGCAGCUGAGCAGCAUUUGGAGUUCACUUUUCUUCUUCUGCUGAUUCUACAGACGUUUUCUCAGCUGACACGAUGACUCAUCACAGCAGGUGAAUCACAGGUAAAUCAGGUUUUACCUAAGUGAGUCAGAACCAGGACCUGCAGAUGUCUGUCUAUCCUGCUCUGAUGGUCAACAUGUCCGCUGGGAUGGACUGUCUCCGUCUCUGCAGGCUUGUGUUUCCAUGCUGUGCUGACAGAAAGAUUCUGUAUUUUUGCAAUAAAGUGUUGAGAC